UGUUUAGGUUUGUUCGCGUCGCAUGCUCCAAUGUACACCAGGGAGCAUUUGGAUCACGGAUAAGAUGGUGGUUGGAGCAGAUGAGUUCAUGUGCACCAAUGCUCAGUGACACGAACGGAUUGGAGCAGUCUCUCCUCUUUUAAGAUGCAUGCAAACAUGCAAAUUAAACUCGCAGCAUGGAUCCAUUGGAAGAUUUUCUCAUUGGCUUUAAUAUAUUAAUUAUGAAUGAAAUUAAUGAAAAUCUUUUACCUUUAGCUGUAAUUCGUGAUUUAUUUGUGGAAGACAAUGGGAACGACGAUGAAAUAGAGAAUAUUGCUAUUAAUGCAGUUAUUGAAAUCGCUGAAGGUAUCAUUCCAAGAAGACGUAGAACAUGCAUAACUAAUUAUAUUGAACAAAUAGUGCCAAUGUAUACUGAUGAAGAAUUUAUUAUGCAUUAUCGUUUAAAAAGAAUGCUUUUCAGAAGCAUGGUGGACAGAUUUAGUUAUUGUGCACAUUUUAGAAAUCUAGGAGGACAUGGAGGAUUUGAAGUAGUUUCGGCUGAAAAACACAUUCUUUUCUAUGGUUUGCUGGGCAUCAAAGUGCAAGUUUCAGGGAUGUUGCUGAUAGAUUUGAUUUAUCUCUUAGUGCCCUUGAAUCAGUGUUACAAAGAGUCACACAGUUUUUAUAUGAUUUAAGAAAUGAAUUUAUUCGGUAUCCCACUGAGGCAGAAAAGCAGAGAACACAGAGAUAC